AUGUAUGUACCUUCAAGACUAAUAUCUUGGGUUGCCAAAGGGGUUUCCUCGGGGCUUGAUGGCUUAUAUCUCACAAGAUUUGAAUCCCAACGUAAGGAGUAUUGGAAGGCUCUCUACUCAUGCGUUGAGAUUGGGGCUCCAUAUCUCAUUUUAUUCUCGGAGAACGACGAAAUUCUUCCCGCCUAG